AUGAAGGGACAGGUUUUCUUCUUGGAUAGUGCGUGCUUUACUUUGCCAAUCACCGAACAAUACCAUUCCCAUAUUCCCGUUGCCAUUCUCAUCGACACUGUCUACGCUGUGUCCAUUAUGCGUAUCUAUACUGAUGUCAUCUCUGGUGACGAGAUGCUCUCGGACGCUUUCCCUAUAAAAGUAGUAGACGAUGCUGUCUAUGAAGUAGACUGCAAAUUUAUAGAGAUCUCGCAAGGCCAUGAUGUUGAUAUUAGCUCUGAUCCUUCCGCCGAGGAAGUGGACGAUAACGUCGCCAAAGUCAAUAAUGUUGUGCAUGCGUUUAACCUAAUACCAGCCGCCUUCGACAAGAAGUCGUAUAGAGCUCACUUAAGCGGCUACAUAUAUAGAAUCAAGAGCCAUCUUCAAGCAACAGAUCCCGCCAGGGUUGAAGCGUUUGAACGGAACGCAUCCCAGUAUGCGACUAAAAUCCUCAAUAAUAUCUCAAGCUUCGAGUUUUAUACUGGAGCGAGUAUCAAUAACGACGGCAUGGUUGCUCUCCUCAACUACCGCGAGGAUGGCAUCACCCCAUUCUUUACUUUCUGGAUGGAUGGACUGCGCGAGGUUUAUGCUUAG